AUGUUCGAGCACAGUUCUUGGCUGGCUUUUGUCCUGCGUGAUGUUGGCAUAUGCCCUGUCGAGCAGCCUCUUCUACGAGCUUCUUUCCGUGUUCAGACGUUGGCAGCAUGGCCGAGUGUCGAUGGCAUAAAAAUGCGCUUCAAAACUUCAAAAUGGCCGGCCGUACUACCAUCCGGUCAGCAUAUUGUCGUUUGGUGCUUGUGA